CAGGCAGCCUCACACAGAAACGAAAAAACGAGUUAAGAGUGAAGGAAGAGGCGGCUGGCCGGAAGAAAAGAGAGUGGGUGGCUGCAACGCAAAUUAGGGAGGAGAGGGUGGUCAAGAUCGGAAACAUAAGGAGAGGGUCGCCAGAAAUCUGAUUUCAAGCUUCAAAAUUAACCUCGAUUAGCACUAAUUUGAAGAUGGAUCCCGUAGUUUACCAUCCCGGCCCAAUCGAUGGCAGCUUGUUGACAUUGCAGAAGGAUCACAGGUCUGAGGCGGUGUGGAACAGGAGAGAGCCACCGGAGGAUUUGAUAGUGACGGGCAACUUCGGUGAUUAUUGGAACACAGUUAAAAAUCACCGGCCGCAUGUCUCGAUAGUGACUGCCAUCACGGCCGCGGGUUUUGGAUGGAUUUUCAGGCCGGGGAAGGUCAGGCAUGACAGGGGGUGAUCACAGCCUUCAUUGAGAGGUGGCGUCCAGAGACGCACACUUUCCACUUUUCAUUUGGCGAGGCCACCAUCACACUGGAGGAUGUUCAUCACAUUCUCGGCUUACGGACCACUGGCCGACCACUUAUCCUGCACGGGUACACCUCCACUCCAGCUCAGAGGGUGGCUUUGGUACGGGAUUUACUUGGACUGGCUCCUGACACCGAUGAUUUGAGGAAGGACAAUUUGAAGAUCCGGUGGUUGAUUACACACUUUGGCAGAUGUCACCGGUUGGACGAGUUGGCUGGUGAUUUUGGUGCGCAGUCUAUCUUUCACAUUAGGGCACACCUACUUUGUGUGAUCGGAUCGUUGUUUCCACAUGCCAGCGGGAACUCUGUGCCGCUAAGCCUUCUUCGGUUACUAGAUGACCUGGAGAGCCUGGGUGGUUAUAGUUGGGGUAGUGCUGUUCUUUCCUACACAUAUAGGAAGAUGUGUGAUGCGAGCAGAGGAGUCAAAGACUUCACUGGGUAUGCCACAUUACUUCAGGUGUGGAUAUACGAGCGGUUCCCUACGAUAGCUCCACAUCUCAGGUCUCAACCCCAGUUCACUUACCCACUUGCGCUUAGGUGGGUGGCUUCAGUGACCCGUACUCAGGUGCCGGACUCUCAGAGUCGUAUGACCCGGUACGAGUUGGAUAACAUGGGCGUGGAACAGUUUUUGUGGUAGCCGUAUGCAUAUUUAGAUGAUGAGUUUCAGCCCGAGCAGACAUUGUACUUGCAGUGGACAGCUCCCACCCCUUUGAUGUACAUGACAUAUGUGGAGUGGUGUUAUCACUACACCAUAAAAGGGCUAUAGCAACGCCAAGUCUGAAUUUUGCUCAUAAAUCGUUGCUAUUUCUUGACAAAUUUUGACAAACCUAUAGCUGUUGCAAUAUUUUUAAAAUAUGUUACAAAUGAGUGUAGUUAUUUUAAAAAUCUAUAACACUUGCAACGAGUUUUAAUAAUUGUUGCAGCAGAGUUCAAAAUUUUGGGCCCAAGAGACAAGAGUUUCCCGGGUUCUAAAAAUAAGCAGGCUUUAUAAUUUUAUUUCCCCCUGCUUUCCAAAUUACGCACAGACCAGGUAGAAUAUACCCAAAACAUUUUAUUACACGCAGACUAAGUAAAAAAUAAAAAUACAGAAGCGACGAAGAGCGAAAGAGGAGAUUUAGGGAAACAGCGGAGUCAUGCUCGAAUAUUCAAGCUCAAGCAAUACUCAAGAUCGAAGAUUCAAGCUUGAAGAUUUGAGGUCGGAAAACACUCAAGGUCAAAGAUUCAAGCUCGAGGAACACUCAAACUCGGACAACUUUCAAGAACGAAUGUAUCAUGGUAAUUGGAAGAGUGAGACACAAGCAGUUGUCUCGUUGCUUGCGUUUCUGCAUUGGCUAGAAACCGGGACUCUUCCUGGGCAUGCUGAAGCUGAGCAGAAACUAGGAUUGGGGGGCAGAAACAGGAAAUGUGCAAAUGCUUUUGCUAGGAAUGGCGGCAAAAAGUUCCUCAGAUUUACAUUUGUUAGAAACCUCUAGAAAUUUAAGCAAUAGCAAUUUUUGAUCAAGUUUGCCUCCAAAUUAUCUGCAAGUCUUUUGAUGAGCUUGAAGCUGAGAUGUUGUAAGGCCAGAAGCUCCAGGGUGUUUCCACGAUAAAAGAGGUUUAUGAGGUUUUAAGCCACAGGGGAUGGUUAAAGUUGUUUCCUCUCUUCACGACGGUCCAUGAUAAAAGAGGUUUAUGAGGUUUUAAGCCACACCUUGAUGUGUGUGUGUGUUUCGGGGGGUGAUCGAUGAAUAUUGAUAUCAUUGAUUUAAUUUCAAUGACACUGAAUUAGUUACAAGCAAGUUACUAUACCAAUUUCCCCCUUAAUUGAUUACUGGCACUAGUCAAUUUAUAGUUCUUGUAUCUCUUCAGGUUUGUGCUUCACAUUUCAGCUGUUUGUGGGGAUGCCAUUAAAGGGAAAAAGUUACUAAGGUUGUGUGCUUCACAUUUCAUUAUGUAUAUUGUCUAUAUCUGCUACAGGAGCAAGUCAAUAUCUUAGUUUCUAGAUGUAAUGCAACAUCAGUUUGCUUGCUCAUAGGGGGAAAGUAUCUGAGAAAGAAAGAAUCAUGAAAUCAGUGAAAGGGUAACUUCGUCCCUUGCAGUUGCAUGAAUGUGUAGGAUCUGCUCUGAUUGCAAUGGGUCCUGAAACAUUUUUAAGCCUUCUGCCCCAUAAGUUGGAGGUCCAGCUGGUGUCUCGGGUCAUUGCCUGGGGUUUUCCAAUUUUGAAGCGAUAUAUUGUUGGUUUAAGUUUAAACUUCUUUACAGAGUCAAUCUUCGAUAUGAUUGGCCUGGUGAAGAAAAACUCUAUUGUGGUAUGCACCUGUGCACUUUUGUUUUAAUUAUUAUUUUUGAUUAAAAGCAUUAGCCUUUUCAUGCUAUUUGCAAUUAGUCUAGGGAGAAGUAAUAAUACUAAUUGAUAUACUAGUAUUGAACAGAGGGGUGGACAUGAUUCUAAUGACUGAACUUUUUCCUUACAGAAACUUAUGAUCAAUGAGACACUGAAAAUAGCUCUUAGACUUCAAGUAGCCCUGUCUUUGCUAACUAGAGAAACACCAUGUACAAGCUUUGAGAACAGGCGACCUCUUGCUUUUCUUUCAAUUGUAUUCGGAGAAUAAAGAUGAGAACGGUGAUAACACAUCACCACAGGUUUAAAGAAUGGGGUUUUGAAAAAUGACGGUGAAGCCGCCUUUUUUUCUUAUAACUCAAAUUUAUAUUUGUUCACUCAAUAGGUGGUUUAUGUUCUGGAUCAAGUGCUCGCUUUGGAAGAGGAUUGCCGCUCAAAAUUAAGCAACAAGGUCUUAAUGUUAAGUCUUUUUCUUGUGGUGACUCGAUCGACUUAUCCCUGAUGUAAAGAGGAAUACAUGCAGUCAAGAACUAGAACCUUUGCUAAAAUCAAAGCAUUCCCACAUUCUCCGAGUUCCAUUUAGGACAGAAAGUGGGAUUGUUCCACUUAGUUUUAAUCAUUUCAGUCUAGACUACAUAUUUUUAUUUGAAUUAUGUCUGGACUUCAAUGACUAAUUUAUGUAUGCAAUUUAGAUUUGAAAUGGUUUGUAAGACUAUAUUGUAACGGUCAUGAUACCGCUUUUGGAUUGUUGGAUACUUGAUACUUGGAUUGUAAAUAGACAAUUGAAA